AUGUCCUUCUUUAUGAACAACGCCGCCAACCAGUCGGUCAACAUGCAGAACAUGGCCAUGGCCGAGCAGGAGCUCGAGAUGGUCUCCGACUUGUUUAACCGCAUUGUCAGCUCUUGCCAUCAGAAGUGCAUCCCCAAGACCUACAUCGAGGGCGAACUCAACAAGGGCGAGGCUGUCUGCAUCGAUCGUUGCGUCUCCAAGUUCUUCGAGGUCAACAAGUCUGUCGGCACCAAGCUUCAGCAGAUGUCUGGAGCCGGUCUUCCCAUGUAA